UCAAAAAGAUUUUUAAAACAGCAGUUUCUUUACUACAGGGAAAGGGAACCAUGAAUUACAACCAAGCAAAGAGAUUCUUCUGCUCUGGUAUUAUAGUCUUUAUUUCUGCAUGGAAGCUUUAUUAAUAGAAAAGGCUACAAUGUAUAUAGUAAGUCUCUAAACCAAAGUAAACAAUAAGCUGGAAUUAAUAAGGCUUUUUAAACUCCAAAAUGUAAAAUGUUCUCUAGGAACAGGAGCAUAUUUAUUUCUGAACCUACUGUACUAAAACAGUUAUUGUAAUUAUGCUUAUAUGUACUACUUUCAUGUAUGGACUAGAGAGGAGUACAGAAGAUGGCGUGUGAAUAUAUUCAAGGGAUUCUGAUCAUAUCAUUGUCAUGGUCUCUGAAGUCAUCAGAAUCCUGAGGUUCCGAAAAGUAUAGUGUUACACGUCCCCACAUGUUACUACAACUGUUUAAAUAACGUCAUUUUUCUUACAUAUACAUUAUUUAAACAGUUGUAGCAACACGUGGGGACUUAAAACAUUAUAUUUUUCAGAACCCUGCUACUUUAAGCAUGGGUUUUGGCCAUUUGCUGUUUUAUAUUGUAUAUGAUCACAAGAAGUAUUUGUCAGCGCUUCCUAGAAAUCCUUUAUGUGGCAUAGUUUGCAGAUGAGUGAUGAUUUUUAAACCCUAUUUUGUAUGGACCACUUGUGGUCUUGUUAAGAAAUUAACUUUUGUAAGUGACAGCUCAUUAAUUAAUUAAUUAAUUAAUUAAUUAAUUAAUUAAUGCUACAACCAUGUUUACAGGGUUGCUGAUUAGUUACAAAAGAAAGUUGUUUUACUGUACAACAAGUUUUUAGUUUGUAUAGACAUCAGUAAACAAUACCCCUUAACCGUAUACUAUAUAAUUAGGGCUUCUGUUUUUCUGGUUUUAUUAAUUGUAUUUUUCGGUGCUUGUUUUUAGCUAUUUUUGAGUUUUAUGUAAAUCUUUUUUUUUUUCGGGGCUUUUGUUUUUGAUAUAUUGUAUGAAAUUAGUGUUUUUGGUUACUUUUCAAAAUGCUUGAGUGUUUUGUUUUUUUUUGUCAAAAUAUGUAUAGUAGUAACUCGACAGUACUUGCACACUUAAGUUGUACCUUCCUUCCAUUGCUGUCUUCCACAACUAAAUCCCUAUUGUCACGGGUACAUUCUUCUGGGGUUUUUGUGUGUAGGCAUUUUUGUACAUUUCGCCACAAUUCUGUUUUAAAUCCACCAUAUCUUAACUGUAAUACAGCUUGAAAUCCCGCCACCAAGUUUUAAAUCUUGCAAGCGGAGUCUCCAAUAGAAAUGUAGGAAUGUGCUGUCCUUCAGUAGUUGGGGUGGGUUUAAAGUACUGAAAACGAAUCACUGAUAGAUGCAAGUCAGGAAGGCGGGACAUUGCCCAGCAGCACUGGGAAAUGUAUUUAUUAUUAUUUUUUUAGUAGGUUUUAUUUUUUAAUGGGAAAAGGGUAAAGUCAACGUGAAUUGAUUAACCAUUUCCACAUUUUUUCCGGUGCUUUCCGAUUUCAUUUUUUUUUGUACCAGGGAUGUUUUCAGGGAUGUUUUAUUGGGUUUUAUCAGUUAAAACUGAAAAUCAGAAGCCCUAUAUAUAAUAUAGUAUACUACACCAUUCUACCAAGCUAUUACUGACAGACAAAGCUUUACAUUUAUUGCAAACUAAGUAUAACACAACCUUGUGUCAUUUCCCAUUAGUAUAGACAGGCUUAGACAUGGUGACAGCAGGUUGUUUAAGAACAGGAGCACAAAAAAAAAAACACCAUGCACAAGGGACCCCUGUAGACUGGCCGGGCACCUGCUGGCCUGCCUGUAAACUGCCCAGAGCUGCGUUGUCCUCUGACACUGUAGCUCUGGGUUGGCUGCAUGGCAGGCCUGCAGAGUGAAAAGAAGCACUCGGAGGACAGUGUGCGGAGGACAGUGUGUGUUCGUCUUCGCCGCUCCCGAGUCAGCGCGGGGGUGGUAGCGGUGAGCUGAGACUAAAUGCUUCAUCAUUUUCAACCCACUAUUCAUAAGCAAUUGAAGAUGAAUUGGACUUUGCUUUGGGAAAGCAAAUGCCUGCAUUUCUAAAAAAUUGUGUGUGCUACAUUCGGAAAAUCGCAAACUUUGACAGGCAUGCAAAACUCCCAGAGAUGGGCCGAUAUAUGGAUACAAUAGUGGAGAAUGAUAAAGUUGUGAGAAACCAAGAAGCCCAUGAGAGACUCAUUAAACUCAGGGAUGAAUUUAUUCCUACUGUUGUUGCAUCUUCCAACUUUAGAGUCUACACGUCCGUUACACAUUGUGACAUGAAACUCGGCUAUUCUCAAGAGGUGGAAAACCAUUAUGUGGAAGGCCUUUGUAAACAGUUUUAUGAAGAUAUGGUUGACAUAAUCCAGGCCGCAGUCCAGCAAAACUUUGACACUGAAACAGAUCCACUCUAUGAUGAAGUACUGCAACACUUAUCUCUGUGUAAAACGUAUGCCUCUUUCUACGAGCACAGAUGUGAAGCUUUGAAUAUAAUACACAAGUAUAUUUUGCCCAGCAAGGCAGGACGCAUGAACCCCCUAAUAGUAUAUGGAGGACCUUGCACAGGGAAAACUUUGCUUCUCGCAGAGGUGGCAAAACAGGCUUAUGCAUGGCUUCAGCAAGAAAUGGGACAAGACACUGAUCCAGUAGUAAUUGUAAGAUUUUUGGGAUCCACUGAAGUUGGUUCAGAGCUUAGAAGUGUACUACAAAACAUCUGCAAACAAAUAGCAAUCAACUACAGAUGCCUUGUACAUAGUAAUCCACACAAGAUUCACGAUCUCAAGGAGCUGCUUGUAAACCUGAUGAAUGAGUCUUCAUUCCAUAGACCCUUGGUAAUUAUAUUGGAUGCUGUAGAACAGCUUUCAGACAGCGAUGAAGCACGCAAACUGUGGUGGCUUCCCAUCAACCUUCCACGGUCUGUAAGGAUUGUUGUCUCAACACUACCAAACAAACAUGGGAUUCUACAGAAAAUGAGGUGCCUUAUUCAUGACGAAGACAAUUAUGUCGAGCUGAUGCAGCGUGACAGAAAAAUGUGCAGCCAGAUACUGAAACACCAACUGUUAAAAGUGAAACGUAAAGUCACCUCAGGGCAGCAAAUCUAUGUAAAUGAAGCGCUGGCAAAGUGCACUUUGCCUAUGUUUGUAAAUUUGAUCUUCAGAGAGGUCAUGCAUUGGAGAUCGCACAAAGAUGUUGACGAUUCAUCUCUUUGUGUAACUGUACAUGAAAGCAUAGAGCAGCUAUUUUGGUCUCUUGAGAACAAACUUGGUUCCAGGUUUGUUGUAAGAGCACUUGGUUACAUCACAAUGGCCAAAACCGGUCUAAGUGAAAUGGAGUUGGAAGACAUACUUUCCCUUGACAAUAGUGUUCUCAGUGAAAUCAUAGUGAGCACCAACCUGCAAAACCCAUUACGAAUCUCAUACAUUCUCAUUGCAAAACUGAAGGAAGAGUUGAAUGGUUACCUUGUGGAAAGACAAGUGAGAAAUGUGACUUUGCUUGUGUGGGCCAACAGGCAUCUUCAGCUGAUUGCCCAGAAACUUUACCUCAGCAAUGAAGAGGAUGUACAUCAAAUGCACAGUCUCCUGGCUGAGUAUUUUCUAGGUGUUUGGUCUGGAGGAAGAAAGAAAAUAUUCCACUGUGAAAGUAAUCACUUUGGUUCCCUCGACAAGAAUCAAAUGAACCUCAACCACUGUGAAAAACCAAGUGUGGAGGAGUCUUCCUUUGAUAGACAGACACCAGAGCAGCCAUGGGUGUUUCAGUGUAACUCACUAGAACCCGACAUCUUCUUUGUCAAUCACCGAAAAAUGACAGAGCUCUUACAUCACCUGACAAGGAGUGGGCGGACGGAUGACCUGAUGUUUGGGGUCAUCAUGAAUUUCAGCUGGCUCUACACAAUGAUCAAAAUAGGUCAAUUUAACAGAGCACUCUCAGACAUCGAUGUUGCUUAUAAUUAUUCACAAGAGAAGGAGCUCAAGUUUCUUGCAAGCACUCUUCGCAGUAUAAAGUUAAAAGUGAUGAAGAACCCAAGUUCCCUUUCUGCCGAGUUGCAACAGAGACUUUUGCCUGUCGUUACCUCAUUGCCAAAGCUUAGACACCUCCUGCUAGAGUGUGACAAAGAUGGUCCCAAAUAUUGUUCUAUUGUACCUUUGCAUUCAUCCAUGGAUGUCACCUACAGUCCAGAGCGUCUUCCUCUGUGUUUAAGUUACAUGCAGAUUGUUGAGGUUCUCCCAACCUUCAGCCCUGGUAUUGUCAUUGCUGCUUUGGAAAAUGGAUCUAUCAGCACCUGGGAUGUUGAGACUCAUCAGCUUCUAAGGCAGAUUGACACAGCUCACUCUGUUGUCCUUGGGAUAAAACUUACUUCUGAUGAAAAAUACCUUGUUGUGGCUACAACUAAAAACACACUGCUUGUAUAUGAUAACCAUAAGUCCUGUCUUUUGUCUGAAGUUGAAAUAAAAGGUUCAAAACACUGUGGAGUUGGUGGAGGGGUCGCAUUUAUAAAUGGUUUCACAUUAUCUAGCAAUCAUGCUCUUGCAUGGCUGGAAGCGAGCAAAGAUGUCAAUGUGAUAGACCUGCUCUUUGGAUGGCCCUUAUACCAAUUUCACUGUUGGUAUGAAGUCACUUGUGUUCAGUGUUCUCCGGACGGAGUAUAUGCAUUUUGUGGGCAAUACCUCAAUACCACAACUAUAUUUCAUUUAGGAAGUGGUGAAAAGCUUUCCACAGUGACAUCUGAAUUUUCUGGAGGAUUUGUGAAAUCCAUUCUUAUUCUCGACACACUUCAGGAAAUGGUGAUGAUUGAUAAUGAAGGAAAUCUCUCAGUUUGGAACACCGAAGAAGUUACAAACCCCCAGAUAAUUGAGGACUUUGACUGCAGAGGAGAAGACAAUGAAGUCGUUAGUAUUGAGCUGUCUGAAGAUCAAAGGGCAAUUCUCAUAUGCAAGGCAAGAAGCAUAGAGGUUUUAGACACUGACUUGUGGAAAAUGGCAGAGAAGUUUAAGGCAAAACGGAAUGAGCGUUUUGUUUCUGCAGUCCUGACGAAAACUGCAGAGUGUAUCGUUGCUUCCAUGGAAAAUACCUCAGCCAUUUUUGUGUGGCGGAGAGACAGUGGCCAGUGUAUGGCAAGCUUAGAAGAAAUAUCAGGAUCCAUUGUCAAGUUAGUUAAAUCUAAUCAUCACAACUUGCUGUUGUCCCUUACCACCAGUGGCGUAGUUUCAAUUUGGGACAUAGAUAUCAUUACAGCCAUGUCAAACAUAGACAAAACUGGAAAGCCGAUCCACAACCUGUUGUUACCUGGUAGAGGUGAACUGAUCUAUACACUUGAUAGGUCUGAAGCAGUUCAUAAGUGGAACUUUAACACAGGUUUCAUUGAGACUGUGUUCAAGCAUGAGGGGAUUGUGGAAAACUGUGUCCUGACGUCAUCAGGUGAUCUGAUGGUCACAUCAGAUGACAAAUGUAGCCAGUAUGUUUGGCACACUGCUACCGGUGAAAACAUUUUCCGUAUUAAUGGACAGAAAAUAUCCCAGCUUUUGAUUACCCACAAUGAUCAGUUUGUUGUCUCGCUUUGUGAGCAAAAUGCAUCUAGAGUGUGGAGAUUAGCUACAGGUCACAAAGUAUGCAACAUACUUGUAGCAUUACAGAAUGCAUUCAUCACAACUGCAAAUACAUUCCUGAUUGGCAUGACAAAGAACAAACUGUUAGCAGUGAGCUUGUGGUCAGGAAGUGUAACUAAGAAGUUCUGCUGCGAUGAUGGCACCUCCAUUGUCAAUGUUAAACUUAUACCUGAUUGCCCUGAUUAUGUAGUUUUUAUUACAUCCACAGAAACUGUUUACAUCUGGAGUGUGGCAGAAGAGUCUAUCUGCAGGCGAGUGCAACUUCCUACCAAUUUUCUGAAAACUCUGGAAGACUUUCAAAUUUCCCCCAAUGGAAAGCUGGGAAUUGUGUCCCGAGGGGAUGAGAAUAUAAAUGUUCUGGAUUUACACAGUGGGAAGCUCAGAAUUGUUCAUGCCUCUGGUGUUGUCUGGCGCCAGAGGUUGUCUCGGGAUGGUCGUUACCUCGUGUACAUUUGCUUUCGGAAUGGAGAUGAUGAUGAUGACAGUGGUGCAGCCUCCAGCCUGAUUGUAAUGAGACUGGCUGAUGGCAAGAGCAUUGGUUCUUGUUCACUUUACAAAACUCCAACCUUCCUUGGCCUGUCUCAGAGACAUUUGAAUAUCAUAGUGGGAUUUGAGGAUGGAAGCCUUGGGACCUACACAGUUGUGGAUCGAGUUGAUGCAGCCUUAAAGAUCAAGAUCGCUACUUCAAAUAGCCGUCAAAUUGUCAACAAUGCAUCCCAAAAAGUGAGACCCAAGUGUGGAAGUUUUCCUUUUAAGACAAUAGUCGAUUGUGUUUGGAGGGAAUCCACUGAGGUUUUUUCAAGAGACAGCCCCGUAAAUAAUGUAUCAGACUCAGGUGAGGCAGAAACAACGCCAACAAAAAAACAGAACUAUUGCUAUGACCGGGUAUGCUCUGCUAUUGACUGCAGAAGCCAGGGCUUUCCAUCAGAGAAUUAAGUUUACAAAUGUAAUACAACUGAGAAAAGUACAGUGCAGGUACUAAUUUUGAAAUAGUGUUAAUCAAAGUGAUCUGACUACUGUUUCAAAAACAAAUAUUUAUGUAGAGCAGCAGGUAAACAACCACAGUGUUCAAAGGUGGACUAGUUCAAAAUUUUGCAGAAAUAAAGAUUCUUACAGUAAGACACAUGGGGCCCUAUUUUAAGAUUUUAAGAUUGAUAAUCAUCAAAUUGAACAGUUUCCUGAAUGUCAGACUGUAUACAAAACAUAAUUAAUUAAAGCCUUGUGAACAGGGCCCAUAAUUUUAUCAAUAGCCAGCUUUAUUAUAUAAUUAAAGUGGGGUAUUGCUGCGGUGAGGAGAAAAGCGAUUGGGCAUUCCAAACUGGGAGAAAAUCUGGAGAAAAUUAUAGUGCACCAGAGCAGAUAUUUUGACAAGAAACAGACUUUAAAGUUAUAAGUGUAAAAAGUUGUCAGGAUGUUAACAAUGAAAAGAAAAUGUACAGGUACGUUAUUUAAACAGUUGUAGCAACACGUGGGGAUGUAUAACGCUAUAUUUUUUCAGAACCCCGCUAUACUCUUUAAUGGCUGUUUGAUACCAGUGUAUAUAGUUUGGGUUAAUCCACCUCAUUAUAACAGAAUCCCAUGACGUGCUUUUUCUGCGGAUGGCAGUGGUAUAAUCAUUCUAAAAAGGUAUUAUAAAUGAACAGUUAACAUUCCAGCCAUUUAUGAUUAUGUAAUUACUAUUUUUCUAAAAGUGUAAUUGUUCUAACUCAAACCCAUUAUAACAAAAGAUCAUUCACUGAAAUUAUCCCAAUUAAAACAGUCCAUGAUCUUUUCAUUCACCAUAACGUUUUUGAAUUUGCAUCAGCCAAUAAAACAUAUACAUCAUGUAUCAACAUUACAAUAUGUUGCUUUCAUAUGUAGAUGCAUUAAUUGCUUGAAUACUUAUAUAGUUUUAAAAAGCAGUAACCAAAUGUUUAAGAACUAAACAUGAAUCUUAUGAUACAGAUUCUUAAUGAUGUACUGUUCAUUUUGUGGUUUUGUGUGCAUCUUAAGUAUAUACAGUUAGUGGAGAAAAAAUGGAAACACCAAUGUAAUAAGUCACUUAAUAGGGCAUUGGGCCACUAUAGUAUCCAGCUCUGUGGAGUUCUCGGCAGACCGUUUUUGAUGAAACUGGCGGCUCGCGCCCCAGGUUGAAAUUUGCAGUCAAUUGAUCUGCAGUUGCUCGCCUGUUUUUCCUUGCACUUCGAAUUAAUGCACGGGUAUCAUGAUCCUGGAGUAUGCGCUUCCUCCCUCUGUUGCCCUUUGCAGAUGAUGUCUUUCCCUCGGAGUUCCAUGCCGACAUCACCUUAGACACCGUUGCUCGUGAAACAUCAGCAAGUUGAGCUGUCUUGGUCACUGAAGCUCCUGCCAAACGCUCCCCAACAAUCACCCCUCUUUCAAAGUCACUGAGGUCUCCUCUUGCAGUCAUGCUAGCCAUAAUUAUAGGCAACAAGGCCUGUCCAGCAUUUCUAUACAUGACCCUAAGCAUGCUGGGAUGUUAUUUGCUUAAUUAAUGCAUGAGCCACACCUGUGUGGAAGCCCUUGCUUUCAAUAUACUUGGUGUCCCUCAUUUACCCAGGUGUUUCAAUUUUUUGUCUGCUACCUGUAGUUAAGCAACUACAAUAAACACAAAGAUGUAUGUAGAAUCUGUUGUUUAAGAUGUAUUUUUAAAUUCUUAAACAUUUGGUUGUAUAGUGCACAUAAGACACAUCAAGUAAGUUGUCAAAAGCUGACAUUUAUUGGUUAUACAGUGGCUUAACUUGAGUCAAUUUUUGUGGGACCAGAUGUUGAUACAACAUUCAGAACAAUGUACUUUAUACUUAAAAAAAUUGAAUUACUGUCUUCACCUUUUAACCUAUAAAGUACUUUCUCCUUUAUGGUGUAGUAUGGUUCUGUAUAUAAUGUCCAGUCUGGUGGUGUUUAUUCAAGGGUAUUUAUUAUUUAAGAUAUAAUAUAUACUGUUACAGCUUAAUACAUUGCCUUUGUCUCACUUAGAGGGCAAUACCCUUGCAGUUACCCAGCACAUAACUAACCCCUUGCCUUUCUUCAGGCUCAUGGCUUAAGAAGAAAAAAUGGUAAUACAUAUAGUUUAAGAACACAUAUAUCUUUUGAAUAGCAUGAUUCAGAAAUAAAAAUGAUGAUUCUGGUAGAGUUAGUUUCAGCUAAUUGCUUGAAUUUCAUACAUGAUGGGGUUGCUGAUGCAGCAUGAACGUGAUUCCAAUGAAAUACAAUGAACACUGACCAAUAUUAUUGUUUACAAAAUAAAUUAUUUCAAAAAUGUAUAUUUUUAAUGCUUUCAAGUAAAUUAAAUGAAAAAAAAGUUUGACCCCUCAUUCACUUGUCAGAUUUUUAAAUGUUUUAAUAUUAAUUUAUACAUUUAAAAGCAUAUUAUAAUACUUUGAUAUUUUUAUAGAAAUUGUCUUUACAAAUAAGACUAAAGGGCUGCCUUUAUAUUAACACUUUUUGGUUCACGUAUGCAGUGGGCAUUUAGGUCUGUAUUCAAUCAAUUAUCUGAGACUAACCACUGAUUUCCUGUAGCAGUAAAAUAAUAUUGAGCAUAUCAUUUAAGGUUUUUUUUUUUUUUUUUUUUACUUUAUAUUUGCCAAAGGUCAUCAAUUAUAUAUUUUUAGUUUGAAUAUUUUUCAUCGAGUAUGGUUGGUGUAUACACCAUAGUAUCUUUUUUUGUUAUAGAUAUGGAUGCCACACAUAUCUUUGUUAUUUAUGUAGUUGUGUAAGGACAACAUGCUGUUUUAACAAUUUUCAUUUUGGUUCUAAAACUCUUGUGUCCAGUCUAUUUUUGAAUGCUAGUUUUAAAGUUAACAAGUGCAUUUGAAUGUUUUAAUCUAAAAGCCAAUAUACAGUAUAUGGUAUGUUAUCUAACUUGAAUGACUUUGAAUAUGUUUGCAAUCGAUAUACUAUAUACUGCUACUGAAUGUUUUUAUGGUGUUCUUUAUAUUGUUGGGAGUUACUUCCCUGGUUAGAGAUUUAUAUUUUCGUAAAUGUAGCAUUUAAAAUCAAAUUUUAUUACAGAGUUGUAUAAUUAGAAUUAUUCCAAAAAUGAUGUCAGAAGCAAUAUAAGCUAGUGUGUAUGCAUUGUUUGUAUGAAUCAUUUUAAUGUAAUAAAAUAGUCAAAAGUUCUCCUGUGCUUUUUAAUGUGUAAUAAAGUAACCUCAGUUUAAUUCUGGGUCAUGUACAAGUUUUUGUAUAUUCAACCCAAGUUUACAUUUCAGAUGUUUUUUAAACUUACAUUUUCAUCAGAUUAGUUAAUACGGAUAGCAAUUGAUAUCACACUAUACAUUUAUACAUGAGAAUUUACCAGUUAGAGUGCAGCAGUCUAAAAAGAUCCCUUUCCCUUGUAACUUCUCUUAGUAAAAGUUUACCACGGUAAAUUUGCACAGUAAUUCUGCAGUUUCCCAUGGUUUUCCUACUAUGCAUUUACAAUAGUACCAGGAUUUGCUAUAUUUAUGAAUGGGAUUUAUCAUACCUCUCUGGGCUUUACAAUGCGUACCUGUGUUGUACUGUGCUUUCACUGUGUUUUAUUAUACUUUGCCAUGCUUUUACUAAGGGAAGCUUUUAUAAGGAACUCAAAUGUUUCAAAAAAGUGUUUAUUCAUUUUUUGCAUUCUUUGGAGAAAUUGAGCAUUUGUCAAAUUAAUUUCAAUCAUUUAAAGAAAAAUAUAUUUUCAUCACAAUAAAAAGAAGGCAGUCCUAAUUUUAAAAAGUUAAUAGGUAAGAAAACUAUUUUAAAGCAUAGGUAAAUAAACUCUAAUUUAAUUCACACUAAUAACUGUGACAGAGCGAUGAAGACACCAGUUUAAAGUCACAUGGGCACUCAGUAUUCGGUGUGCUUAUUCCUCCUGGAUAUGAAGAAGACCUACGUGCUCCAGUAUGCAUGCAUUGCAUGCUUCAGCUCAACAAGUAUAAAGAUGUCAGGAUUGCACACUUGAAUGCAUCUCACAAGCUCAUCUCACAAGUGUUAAUUUAGAGACAGGUCUGUUGAACGGGCUAGCAAUGCAAGGAUUGUUUUUAGCUGGACAAAGCGUUGUGUUUAAGUGGCUUCAGGCCAUUAACAUCAAGUUGAAUCCUUAAACUGCAAAGGCUUUCAAGUGACACAACUCAGAGAUUCAGAUUCUGGGUGGCUCUUAUGUCUUGUCUGAGUCGUGCUUGGGCUCCUCGGGAAAGGCACUUGAGGAUACGCUCCGCUCCAGUACCACCUGCUUUGCAAUCUCUUGUACAGAACCUGUUUUCAACACAAGAACAGGCAGAUACAAGAUGUAUUUUGCAUGCCUUGAUUUAUCCCACAGCUAUUCAAGAAUAAUAAUUCUGUUUAGGUGCACAUAGAACAUAUUGGUAAAAUGUGCUGUUGUGAGUGAUUUAUUCCUGUUGACAGUAUUGACAAAAAAACUAACAAAAAAUGUUUGCCAGCUAUGUAUGCUCUGUUUAAAACAAGAAAGUGUACAUCUUACACAAGGUUAGUACAAAACUCUGCUUCUCUUGCUUCAUUGUCUCAUUGUCUGAAUUUGGGUUGUUAUGAGGACUGGGGCAUUCCCUUGCUGUGGCAUUUAAAUUUGUACUGACUUUGUAUGGUGAAAAACAUCAAGAGAAUGGCAGGCCAUGUACAACACCAGUGGCGCAACGAUACAAAUUCAUGAUUGUACAGUCGCAUUUAUACAAAGAUAUUCUAUGGAAGCAGUGUGGCAAACAAUGCUUCCAACAGCGAAUGAAAACCAUGAAUGUACACAGCUUACAAAAUGCAGUAAGGUGCUUGACUAUGGCUACACAUGUGUCACUUCUGGAAGGAAUAUUUGCAUACUGUAGCGCUACAGAACUGUGCGGGGUGCCAGGACUUGUGCUCAUUUACCCCCGGAAUGUUGUUUGCGGGACCCUGUUGCAGUGAAGCUGAGCAUGCAACUCCAGGACUGCUGCAAGCUUGCACCAGCGGUGACCUUCCCCCGGGCGCGAGAAAAGGGAUACACGAGACUUGGGGUACACCUGACAGGAGGCGGAGGCAGGUUUUGGACAGGGAGCUGUGAUUGACCCCCGCGUAUAAAAUGCAGUGGUAAUGUGUAGGGAUAGUUUGCAGGGUUGGGAUAUAAAUAGUGAUGGAAAACUGUGUUAAGGGUGCGAGUUUGGAAAGCCUGUGACACCCAGUGAGAGAACAGAGAAUCGAAUCAAGUGUGUGAGACCUGUUUGCAUUUAACCUUGUAUUUUGUUGAAUGUGUUUUUACUGUAUGCCUCCUUUUUGUUUUAUCUCCUCUGUGUCCUGUCGUGUCAGCUUCUGCAGGACAGAAAAUACAGCAGCCUGGCGGCUACUGAUUUAUUCUUUCUUCAUCAUAAUCCUUUUGCUACAAUACUUAAGCCAAAGACAAAAAUGAAGAAAAUCACAGAUUUUUUUCAUCUGUGCCACUAGGAUCGUCGUGAUCUCCAUCAAAAGAAAUGUCAGAAUUAAGUGAAGGGCCAAGUGUAAAUAAAUGCAACGAAGCAACAGCGUGUGAAAAAAAUGAUGUUGGUUUCUUUUGUGGUCAUCAAUUAAGCAACAGUGAUCGAAUGAUUAUAUUGAAAGACUGCCGGAUACCACCGUACCUUUUCCCGUGCCUGGCACUGUAGACCACAGAAAAGAGAAACACACUUUUCAGCACAAAUGGCUGCUGCAAUAUCCAUUGCUGGCUUACAGUGCUGCACAGCUGGGUGGAUUUUGUAAAUUUUGUGUGGCAUUUACACCUGGCAGCGUUACACAAAGCGGGAGAGAUGUGGAAAGCUAUGGUGCCUGCUGUCUAAUCACCUGGCUGACUCUUCUGACGAAUCAAUAAUGGAGCUAGUUCAGCUAAGAGAUUACUUAUUUUAUAUUUGGGUGAAUUUUACUUUGGUGAUAAAAAAAUAGAUCAAAUUAGGUACCUAUACCAAUGUUAAAUAUGGAUAUGCUGAAUAACUGAAACAAACUUAUUGUGGGGAUUCUUGUAUUAAGCUACCGCAUUCAUGAAUACAUGCUGUUUCCACUUAUGAGUUGUACCGAAUGCAUUUGUACUAUGGGCUAAGUUUUGAGAUGCAGACAUGUGUUUUUUUAUAGAUACGUUUCAUACUAACUUUUGUACUUAAUAA